AUGGCUCCCGUACCGCCGCCCCCCCCAUCCAGGGCACCGUCAGCCCGAGCCCUGCGCAUGCAACGAGUAACCGGACAGAUCCACCCUCUCCUGCCGGCCAAGGUCUUUCGUGCCGGUGCCCACGUCACCGACGACUUCCUCUCGUCAAAGCGCGACAAGCGUCUCGUCCGACACUCCUCCUUCGUCUCCCGCAUCACCUCCUCCCGAGUCGCCAAAACGAAGCGGCGCAGACCGCAGAACAAGCUCAAGACGUCGCUCGACGACCUGGCCGACGCCCUGCCCGAGCUGGCGAGCGGCGAGGGUGGCGAGGAAGCCCUGGCUGGCAAGAUCAAGCACAAGAGUUUGAGGAGCAAGAAGGGCGCCCUGAAGCGCAAGGAGAAAGUUGUCAGGGGCGAGAUGGAGCGGUUUGGAGUCAGCAUGGCCAGGCUGACCGGGCUCAGUGGCGCGGCGACCAUGGCCUCGACCAACGAGGCCGGACCCGCGCCGAAACCAAUCGUCCGUCAAGGGAGCCAUGACGAGGGCGGACACGCCAUGGCGAGCACGACCGAGCAGUCCGGCGCUGCAGCCGCCGGAACAGCCGCCGGAACAGCCGCCGGAACAGCCGCCGGAAUAGCCGCCGGAAUAGCCGCCCCAGGUGGUAGUUCAUCAAGUCGAUGGGCUGCUUUGCGAGGCUACAUCUCUGCCACCAUGGAGCAGAAUCCCGCCUUUGACAGCAGCAGCGGCGGCGCCGGCGGCAGCAGCAGAAAAUAG